CACCUUCAUCUCAUCUCAUCUCCCACUAAGCUCCAGCAUUGUGCCAAAUCCACUAGCUCUCUGCCGCUACGGCGCCCCACGAAACCCCAGUAUCAUCUUCAUCGAUAAAGCUCAGUCUUGAAGCCAGCCCAUAGUUCUCGACAGCUUCCAGAAAUAUGUAUCGCCAGUCGUUCGCUCCACCUCCAGCGCAGUCGCCUCCGCUUCAUCACCCGGUGCCUCAGCAUGUGUCGACAGUUCCUAUGAUGCGCUCGCCGCCGCCUCCGACAUCUCAGCAAUCUCAGUCUGCGGGCUAUGGCAACCCAUACCAGCCCGCACCUGCGCAAGGCGGCAGUGGGACCUAUGGUCCGGGGUUCGGCCAGUUCAUCAAUGAUCCAACGGCGCAGAUGAGUUUUCAGGUCGGCAAGACGGCGAUGAUGGCUGGUCAGGAGUAUAUGGAGCAGAACUUAAAUCGUUACGUCUCCAUUCCUGCCCUCAAGCAUUACUUCAACGUCUCCAACUCCUACGUCUUGAACAAAUUGACUCUAGUUCUCUUCCCAUGGCGACACAAGCCCUGGUCCCGUCAGCAGGCACGCCUCACAACGGCUGCAGCUGGCCCCAAUGGCCAGAUUUCCCAGCAGCAGUACUCCUCCAUGUUCCUCCCUCCGCGUGAUGAUCUGAACUCGCCCGACAUGUAUAUCCCUGUCAUGGCGCUUGUUACCUACAUUCUGCUCUCGGCCAUGUUGGCAGGAUUCCGCGGGAACUUCCAUCCGGAACUCCUAGGAUCGAUCACGACAACAGCUAUUGCGGUGAUUUUGUUUGAGAUCAUGUGCUUGAAGCUGGCUAUGUACAUUCUCAGCAUCAACAACGAGUCCCAGCUCCUGGACCUUGUUGCCUACUCCGGAUACAAGUUUGUCGGAAUCAUUCUCACCCUCUUGACAUCUGAGAUCCUCACCCCGGGUAGAGGCACCGGUGGUUGGGUUGGCUGGGCCGUCUUUGUCUACACGUUCCUGGCGAAUGCUUUCUUCCUGCUUCGCUCCCUGAAAUACGUUCUCCUCCCCGAUUCAACCAGUGAUGCCUCUAUGCGUUCUGGGUCCAUGCACACUGUUGCCCGCUCCCAGCGCAACCGUCGUACCCAGUUCCUGUUCGUUUAUGCGUAUAUCAUUCAGUUCAUCUUCAUGUGGGUGUUGAGUCGUGAGGGCCCGACCGCGACUGCUGCGGGGGUGGGCGCUGGCUCCUCGUGAUAGGCUCGUCGGUCGACACCAAAUAAUGACAUAGAUGGACCUCACGAAAAGAAAUCCAGGAUGUCAUGCUGACGCCUUAAGCAUCUUCCCAUGUAAAACUUUUUAUCGCAUGUUAUGUUAGCAUAUAGUUAGAUUCUUAGCAGCGUUGAAGCUUUCCUCG